GCCCCGCAGCCCUGUCCAGCUCAGAUAAAGGCGCGCCCAGGUGCGCCGCUUACUGCAAACAAGAGACUGAUAAAAUAAGUAACUUUAAGUACAGCCCCGGCACCACGUACCAGUACCGGUACGAGUCGCUGACGCAGACCCUGGUGGCGGGCACCGGGCCCCAGGCCUCCCGGCUGCACGUGACCGCCUGGGCGGACAUCACCCCCAUCACCCUCUGCGACUACGUGCUCCAGCUGCGCGAUGUCGAGCUUCUGGAGUCCAGCCCGGACGACGCCGACGCCAGGGAGGCGGCCGCCGGCGCGGCCGAGUUCAAGGAGCAGCUGGAGGCGCGUCCGCUCCAGUUCGCCUUCCAGGACGGCGUGGUGGACGAGCUGUGCCCCGCUGCGGGCGACACCGUCUGGGCGCUCAACAUCAAGAGGGGCGUCCUGUCCGCCUUCCAGAACUCCAUGCCCGACUUCAGGAUCGACUCGACGGUGUACGAGACCGACGUGACGGGCACCUGCGAGACGCACUACGCGCACGCCGGCGUCCGGGACGACAACCUGCUCAUGACCAAGACCAAGAACCUGGCGGCGUGCUCGCACCGCAUGGACCACUACCUGUCCGUGCAGUCCACGCACUACGCCUCGGCGGCCACGGCCAGCGCGCUGCCGCUGCUCCGCAGCAACCACACGUGCUCGUACGCGCUCAGCUACGGCGGCCACCUCCGGGAGGCGCGCUGCACCGAGUCGCACGUCUUCCGACCUUUCUCGGCCGGCGAGUCCGGCGCGCGCACCGACGUCACCCAGAGCCUCACACUGGUGGAGACGGUCACCCCCGACGAUACCCCCGACGAGGUCGCCGCCGAUGAGGACACCACCGCCGCCGCGCCCCGAACCAAGGCCGCCGAGUUCGCGCGCCGCACCACCCUGCUUUUCGAGCACGAGGCCGGCGCCGUGCCCGCGGGCACCGCCAACCUUGAGACCGUGGCUGCCAGCCUGGCGUCGCUCGCUGCACGCACCCAGGACGGCGUCGACAAAGAGUCGGCCGUCAUGUUCGCCCGCCUGGUGGCUGACCUCCGGGGUCUGCAGCUCGCCAGCUUGUCAAAGCUCUUCGACCAGACUGAGGACCCACGCCAGCGCCGCUUCCUGCUCGACGCGCUCCCGCUGGUGGCCACGGCCGAGUCCCUGGAAGCCAUGCUGGCGCUGUGGCGUUCCGAGCAGCUCUCCGGCGCGGAGAUGGAUUCCUGGCUCGCGUCCAUCCCCUUCCAGGCCCGCGCCAAGCCCGAGAUGAUCACCGCGCUGCUGCCCCUGCUCGACGGCCUGCCCCGGCCCAAGGCGUUGCUGGCCGUGUCCGCCCUGGUGCACCGCGUGUGCGAGGGGCGCGCCGACUGCCCCGCCGAGGUGGCCGAGGUGGCCGUGGUGGUGAGCCGACUGGAGCGACUGCUGGGUGCCGACUGCCGCGCCCUCGGCCGCGGUGAGACCGACAUGGUGCUGCUGGCCCUGCGCGCGUUGGGUAACGCGGGUGUCGUCUCCAGCCCCGCCGUCCUGGCACGCUGCUACGAGAGCACGUCCAAUCCCUUGGAGGUGAGGCUGGCCGCGCUGCAGGCGUGGCGGCGAGCGCCGUGCGAGGCGCAGCCGUCCGGCGCCUUCCUCAAGCUCUACAUGGAACAGCGCCUCGACGUCGAGCUCCGCAUCGCCGCCUACCUGGCCGCCAUGCGCUGCCCCUCGCCGUUCAUCCUCCGCAUCGUAAAGGACGUGCUGUACGCCGAGGAGGUGAACCAAGUGGCCUCCUUUGUGUGGACGCAUCUGACCAACCUGCAGGAGACAGCCAGCCCCUGGAAACAGACCCUGCGCGAGCUGGUCGAGAGUGACUUCCUCAAGAACAAAUUCAAGACGGACGUGCGCAAGUUCUCGCGCAACUACGAGGGCUCGCAGUUCUUCGACAAGCUCAACGCGGGCGUCACGGCCGAAAGCAAUGUCAUCUUCUCGCCGCAGUCGUACCUGCCGCGCUCCGCCAACCUGAACCUGACGGUCGACGUGUUCGGCGAGUCCGUCAACCUGUUCGAGGUGGGCGCGCGCCUCGAGGGCUUCGAGUCAGUGGUGGAGGGUCUCUUCGCCAAGGGCGGCGCCUUCCCGGACGAGGGCGUGCAGGCCAUGCUGCAGAACCUCCGCAGCGCGCCCAGUCCCACGGCGGACGCCGAGAACAGCAUCGCCAAGCUGUCCAGCGCGUUCGACGUGCGCCACCGCCUGCCCCAAGAGCCUCACGGCGAGAUGUACGCGCGCGUCUUCGGCAACGAGCUCCACUACUCCCGCUUCCACGGUCUCCAGGAGCUCGCCGAGAACACCGAUUCCUUUGCGCAUCCGAUGCGGACGCUGAUGGGACUGCUGCGCCGCUCUGACGUCGACAUCACCAAGUCCUUCGUGUUCCUGGACGCCGCCUACACGCUACCCACCGCAUCGGGAAUGCCACUCGAGCUGACCGCCAACGGGUCUGCAACACUGGGCCUACAGAGUCGCGUGCAAAAGCCGGGGCCGUAA